GCGGCGGCCAUAAGGUGAUGACCACUCGACGAGACGACAUGGCAUGGAUUGGCUCCCAUCUGCUACUCCUCCUGAUGCUUCUCCUGCCCAUUUUGACAGCAGGAUUUGGCAACGAGUAUGUCCACAUCAAGGUGCAUGUACCCAAGGAGGAGUCUCCGGCGGAGGAGCCGUCGCACAAGGUGAUCCACCACUUCCACCACCAUCCGCAUCCCCACCAGCUGCUCCGGAGUCGCGCCAAUCGACCCAGACCCAAGCCGAGUCCUCUGCUGGAGAGCGUGAUCCUCUCGGAUCUGGACAAGCCGCAGCACAUGAGCGAGCAUGCCGAGUAUCUCAAUCACGCCAAGGAGCUGGCCGAUCAUCUCGCAGAGACCUACGCCAAGAAACCGCCUCCUCCUCCGCCUAAAAAGAAGGUCAACACCUACACCAUCAUCGAGGAGCAGCACCGUCCACAUGGCUACGACUACGAGGAUCACCAUGAGCCCGCCGUGGAGACAUAUCGCGUGAUUGAGUCGCGUCCCAAGCAGUCGGCGCAUCACCAUCAUCAUCAUCAUCAGCAUCUCCAGGAGGCGGAGGAGGAGGAUUAUCAUUAUGCGAAACAUCAUCUUCAUCACUCUUCGCUGGGCAUUGGCGCCUAUGCGGAGCCAGCUCCCGUGGAGGAGCACGUGGAUCACCAGGAGACGGAUUCGGGCUAUAGCUACUCCCCGCCCAGCCACGCCUACAUCCCGCCCAGCCAGGCGCAUCGCAGCUCCAAGUCAAACCGGGUGCAACCUGCUUACACUUUAGAGGCUCCUCAGGAAUCCUCCUCCUACGGAUACGAUUACUCCAGACCCUCCUCCUCUGCAAGCGGAAGUAGCAGCGACUUCCGGCCCUCCGUCCAGGUGCCCUCCUCCAGCGAUCCCUAUGGCCAGCAGGAGGAGGAGGAGGAGGAGCCGGUGGACACGUACGCACCUCCUCCGCCUCGCCGACGCCCGCGACCUUCAUCCUCCCUCGUGGAUUGGCCCGAGUCCAAGGGAUUCAACAGUGCCGCGGCGGAAACCUACAGCGGCGUCGAUAGCUACAAUGUGGGCCAUGUCCAGGGCUACCAGUACAGUGGGCCCUACCUGUAGGUGGACCAACGGGACCAACACCUCGCCUAAUCUAAGAUCUAUUUAUUGCUCUUUUUUUUCCUAGUCCCCUAAGUUGAUUAUUUCAGUUUUAAGAUCUAAAUGAUAAAUGAAUAAAUGCGUACA